GCGGAGAAAGAUAGUUUUUCAAAGCAUCAGUACGAAGUACUUAUUUUCCAGCUAUCAAGACACUCAUAAACACACAAUAAACUUAGAAACUGGGUUUAUUACUAAAGUUCGCUGCAUUUAUUAAAGAUAUAGAGUACAAAGAGCAAUUUGUAAAUAAUGUACGUAUAAGAAGAAAUUACGUAGAAAUUCUAUCGAUUCAUGGCUAAAUAAGAUUAACAAUCUCGUAUGAGAUAAAACCCAGGCCAAAUAGAAAAUCGACGACGUUAUCAGUAAGAGUCGCCCGGCUAUCCAAGAUGUUAGAAAAAAUUCUAUUAUGCUUUGCUCUAUUAGGCAGUUGUUACGGUUUCAGCAGGACGGCUGAAAUACUUACAGGACACGCCCAAGGAAAUGAAAGUGACAGCAACAAUAUUAAGAAGAUGGUGAGAUUCUAUAAGGACCUCAAUUGCAUCGAGGAUCAGAAUGGAAAAUUCGAUUGCAGUUUAAUUACAAAGUUGAAACAAGACCGUUGUUAUGAAGGUGGAAAAGAAUACCCAAAAGGGUACAAACUUAAAGUAUCAGCACACCGUUUCCGUAAUUGUAUUUGCACUGAAGAAGACGGCAGGAACAGAACAAAAUGGAUGUGCGAUUAUCAAAUGUGUUUUGGUAAAGCGAAAGAUUGCCGGAAUUUGUACAAUGGUUCUUGCUGUCCAAUAUCCACAAGCUUCGAUAGUUUGCUGAAAAACGACGACAAAACGUGCAUUCAUAUCGGUGAAAAAUAUAUCUACGGGGAGCAUUUCAUCCCGAAACAUGAUCCCUGCACCGUCUGCUACUGCGAUGAAAAUUUCAGAGGCAACUUGACUGAACCUGCUUGUCUUCCAGUGCAGUGUAAUACUAAUUUGCUGUACUCGAACUACAUUUCGAGAGGUUGCACGCCCAUUUUUUUACGUCCACAAGCAUGCUGUCCGUCCCAACUCUGGCUAUGUGAUGGCGAACAGACAGGACGAAAAGGUGACAAAUGCAGGUUUGGAGGCAACGAAUACGAGAUAGGAGAAAAAUUCAAGCCUGGAGGCGAAGUUAGCCAGUGCGUGGAAUGCUUGUGCCGAGUGCCUCCGUAUCCAACUUGUGUCCACAGAGAAAAAUGUGGAUUCUCUAACUUUUGGAACAUGUUGUACAACGCGAAGCAUAACUUUCCUGCGAUAUUUUGACAAUAAAAUUUAUUUUCUACCGA